UGAAACUGAAGGCAACUUAUCAACCUAUUUUGCCUCUUUCUGCUCUAAUUUGCAAACAGUAAAAACGCCAUUUUUGUUCUUUUCUUAAAUUAAUUUAAUAUAUAAACAAAAACCCCAAAUGCACACCAUUAAGCCCCACCGUACUUCCUUCCAAACAACCACCCAUCUAACUCCUUUCUCCGACAUGUCAAACGUCAUCGUCCUCGACAAUGGUGGUGGCUUUAUAAAAGCUGGUAACGGCGGCGAACGUGAUCCCCUCACUGUAAUCCCCAACUGUCUCUACCGUCCUCUCUCCUCCAAAAAGUUCCUUCACCCAUCUCCUACAACCGCUGCUGCAACCGAAGAUCUAACCUCUGCCGCUGUCCGCCGUCCAAUUGACCGUGGCUACCUAAUAAACCCUGACCUCCAACGAGACAUUUGGAAUCACCUGUUCUCUUCUCUUCUCCAUAUUACUCCCUCAAAUUCCUCUCUCCUUUUAACGGAACCUCUGUUUUGUCUUCCUUCAAUUCAACGUGCCACAGAUGAGAUUGUUUUUGAAGAUUUUGGUUUUAAAUCUUUGUAUAUAGCUGAUUCGCCUAAGCUCGUUCAUCUUUACGAGGCGAGUAGGAGGCCGUACGGAUUGGUAUCUAAGACUCAAUGCAGUCUGGUGGUUGAUUGUGGGUUUUCUUUUACUCAUGCAGCUCCCGUUUUUCAAAACUUUACUCUUAAUUAUGGUGUAAAGAGGAUUGACUUGGGCGGGAAAGCAUUGACUAAUUAUUUGAAGGAACUGGUUUCUUAUCGCUCGGUUAAUGUAAUGGAUGAGAGCUUUCUUAUGGAUGAUGUGAAGGAGAAACUUUGUUUUGUUUCUCUUGAUAUUGCUCGAGAUUUGCAGAUUUCUAGAAAACGUGGAAAGGAUAAUCUCUUCCGCUCUACAUAUGUUCUUCCCGAUGGCAUUAAUCACACUAGGGGUUUUGUUAAGGACCCAGAUGAAGCAAAGAGAUACCUCACUUUGACUAGUGUAACUCCUCCAUCUUCAGAAUCUGCUACACAUCAGUCUGAAGUUUUAGAGAAGCUUGAGGAUAGAAAGAGGGUUGAUUUAACUAAAAAUGAAUUUGAUUUAACAAAUGAACGAUUCCUUGUUCCAGAAAUGAUUUUCCAUCCUGCAGAUUUGGGCAUGAACCAGGCUGGACUGGCAGAGUGCAUAGUUCGAGCAGUAAACUCUUGCCAUCCUCUUCUCCACCCUGUGCUCUAUGAAAGCAUCAUAUUAACUGGUGGGAGCACAUUGUUUCCGCAAUUUGCUGAGAGACUGGAAAAGGAACUCCGGCCUCUUGUUCCGGAUGAGUAUCAAGUGAAGUUAACUACACAAGAAGAUCCCAUACUAGGUGUAUGGCGAGGUGGAUCACUUUUAGCAUCAAGUCCUGAUUUUGAAGCAAUGUGUGUCACCAAGUCUGAGUAUGAAGAACUGGGAUCUGCUCGAUGUCGUAGGAGAUUCUUUCAUUGAAUGCUGGAGAUUCUGAAGAAGCAUGAAGGGAAAUGCGGCUGGCGCUCGGAAUUUUUCUGAUCUUUGGAGGUUCAUGUUGGUUAUUAGCUCAUUAAAACGGAAAAACCUGAAUCUUGCCUUCAUCAGCUCGAUAAGGUGCCAAAUAAUCCCUAGUCAAUUGAUAGCUAAUAUGUCCGUCGCCAAAUAGUCUCUGAUUUGUGGAUGAAGGGUGAAACACAGAAGCUGCUGCACUCGUAUAAUCUCUGCAACUAAAUAUUACAGAUGUAUUUCUGUCAACGAUGAAGUGGUGAAGAACCCAGGCCAAAAUUCAAGGGUACUUCCCGUUCCUUGGGGCAACUCUACAAGUGUGUUCUUAUCUCUGUAACAUUUCCUUCUGGUAGUAGUAGGAACAAACAAGUGUUGGAUUCUAGAUUUAAUUAAAAUUUUCAUUGAUUCCUUCGUAAAAUCCAUUGGUCAAUCAAAUAAAAUUUCAUCAAACCUUUUUUGUUUCA